AUGGUGCUGUCCGCCGCGGACCAGGCGGCAGUGCGCGCACUGUGGAGGAAGCUGGGGAAUAAUGUUGGGAUCUACGCGACCGAGGCCCUGGAGAGGACCUUCACGGCCUUCCCCACCACCAAGACCUACUUCGCCCACUUCGACCUGAGCCCCGGCUCCGCCCAGGUCAAGGCCCACGGCAAGAAGGUGGCCGACGCGCUGACCACCGCUGUGGCCCACAUGGAUGACCUGCCAGGUGCCCUGUCGGCUCUGAGCGACCUGCACAAGCACCAGCUGCGUGUGGACCCCGUCAACUUCAAGUUCCUGGGCCACUGCCUGCUGGUGACCCUCGCCCGGCACUACCCCGGAGACUUCGGCCCCGCCAUGCACGCCUCGCUGGACAAGUUUCUGAGCCACGUGAUCUCGGCGCUGGCCUCCAGCUAUGGCUAGACUCGGAGGGGGUCGUCGCAGGACCCCCCAGCCGCCCCUCCCGCGAGUUCCAGAGUUCGAGUAAAGUCCCCUCAAGAAAGCC